AUGAAGUUUAAGAAGAAGAACGCCGAGAAAAAGGCUGGUGGUGGAGCUGCUACGAAGCCGAAAGAGACGAAAAAGAGGAAACAGGAAGGACCAUCGACGCAAAAGGGUGCGAGGAAAAGCAAGAGAGAUGAAGGAGAAAACAAGAAUGUUGAGGAGAAUGAGAAGGACAACAGAGAAGAGGAUGUGAACAAUGAGGAUGAUGAUAAUACCGAAGAGAACAGGAACGAUGAGGACACAGAAGAGAAUGUGAACGAUGAGGAUGAUGAUAAUACCGAAGAGAAUGGGAACGAUGAAGAGAACAGCGCGGAAGGGAAUGGAAACGAGAGCGGGAAUGAGGAUAAUAGCAUGGAAGAAAAUGGGAGUGGGAGUGGGAGUGGGAGUGGGAGUGGUGAAGAGGAAGAGGGUGAUGAAGAAGACGAGUGA